UUGUGAUUGUUAAUUGUGGUUCUCUCUCGUUUAAUGGAUAGAUCACAAUUAUGAUUUGAGAUGAGGAUGGCUUGAUGGUGAUGAUUAUUUGAUUAGAAUGAUUAGUUUUCAUGUUAGAUAAAUUGAAUAACUUGUGAUAAUUAAAUAAAAGACAAUCAUCAGUUUGUCCUCAUCACCCAAACACAACAGAAUUUAUUUUCAUCAUCAAGUAUUAUUAGCGAUUUAGUUCACCCAAUUUAAAUUUCUUUGAUUUUCUCCUUUCUUUAAAUCUCAUUCUCUUGUUUAUCCAGUUGAAAUUCGAAAGGAAUCGUAAAAUUGUCAUUGAAUUACGAGAAAAAAGUGGCCAAUCCAUUAUGUUCCAACAAAAUCAGGUGUCGUUAGCUAUAAAUACGCUUCAAUAUAAUACUUUACGGGACAUUUUUAAACGGCCUAUGCGAAAUAACCAAGGACGUAUUGCCAAUCCAAUUAAUAUUGAGGUACUUUCCUAUUCGCUGACUAUUUUGGAUGAUGGCGAUAGGGUUUUCAACCAUUAUCUAACCUUUACGGUGUAUCGAAACUAUGUGAACACGAAUGGACAUAACCGUCCAUUACUUACCAGGCGGGCAAUUGAAGAAAUGGUAUCCUUGGGUUUUGUAUGGGACUAUUAUUAUCCUGUUAAUUAUGGCCCUGUUAAUUAUGGAAAUGAUGAGAAAUCCAAUCCAAUCAACCAUUUAGUAACUGGCAUUGAUAAUCUGCAAUUAGGUCCUUUCAUCAAACAAGAAUCAUCUGUUUUUACAUUGAAUCGAGCUCAAAAGUCUUUAUUCAAAGGCCUUCACCUUCGGAAAUCUUCAACUUGCAUUGAUUGGUCGUGUUUGGCGGUUAUGUUCAACUUACUCGAAGACAAAUUCGAUGUUUAUUGGUCCUGUCAUUCAGUUUUUUCUGCUUAUAACGAGUUUUUUCAAAAAGGCCAUAAAAAUAAAGAGCCUUCCGGUUGAAAAAAUGAUA